CAAUUAUGGGAAUCUUAAAGUAAUGACAGAAAGUAGUUGGAAUGUUUAAAAGAACGCCACAAACGAAGUUGAGUCAAGAUUCACGCAGAUAUAUUGGCGUUACUUUCGAUGGAUAUUUAUGAAGAAUCAAUUGGAACAGACCGCUUACCACAACUGCGAACUCAACAGUCCAGCAAGUUCCGUUUCGCCGAUUCCCUGACAGAGCUGGUACCUUGCCGUGUUUCUACCAUGACCUCCGACCCUGACCUGGAUCAGCUGGCUGAGAUAGAGCUGAGGAAGGAGGAGGAAGAGGAGGAGCGGGGGGGGCUUGGCGACCCCUCGGCCCCCCCCCAGGCGACCUCCUGUGUGGACUCCGCCCAUCCGUACUACGAUGUGGCUCGACACGGUAUGCUGCAGGUCACAGGGGACGAUAAUUACGGCAGAAAGCUGAUCACCUUCAGCUGCUCCUGCAUGCCCCCGUCACACGAGCUCAACCACCAAAGACUGCUGCAGUAUCUGAAGUACACUCUGGACCAGUAUGUGGAGAGCGACUACACGGUGGUGUACUUCCACCACGGGCUGCGCAGCACCAACAAGCCGUCUCUGCGCUGGCUGAGGGACGCAUACAAGGAGUUCGACCGCAAGUACAAGAAAAAUCUGAAGGCUCUCUACGUUGUCCACCCAACCAACUUCAUCAGAAUUCUCUGGAACAUAUUCAAACCCAUUAUAAGUCAUAAGUUUGGGAAGAAGCUGACUUAUGUGAACUACCUGGCAGAACUGAGAGAUCACCUGAACUACCAGCAGCUGAUCAUUCCCCCCGAGGUCCUCCGACACGAUGAGAAGCUCAGAGCCGCACAGAAGGGGGGGGGGCCGCCCCCGCCCGCUAAAGUCCCGCCCCCCCGGCCCCCCCUCCCCACCCAGCAGUUUGGAGUCAGCUUGCAGUAUAUUCGAGACAAAAACAAGUGCGCACUCAUCCCGCCAGUAAUGUCUCAGACUGUAUCCUACCUGAAACAGAAGGGGCUGCACACUGAGGGAAUCUUCCGGAGGUCGGCCCGUGUACAGCUGAUCUCAGAGGUCCAGAAGCUCUACAACCUGGGACGGCCGGUGGAGUUCGAGCGCUACGGCGAUGUCCACGUUCCCGCCGUCAUCCUGAAGAGCUUCCUGCGGGAGCUACCUGAGCCACUGCUCACCUUCGCCCUGUACGACCGCGUGCAGGACAUCCUGCAGGUGGAGAGCAGUUUGAGGGUGGAUGCGGUGAAGGAGGUGGUGGAGAGCAUUCCAGAACACAACUACAUCGUGCUGAAGUACCUGACGUGUUUCCUGCACAUGGUGUCCCAGGAGAGCAUCAUUAACAAGAUGAGUCCGUCGAACCUGGCCUGCAUUUUCGCCGUCAACCUGCUGUGGCCCCCCCACGGCACCGUGUCCCUGCGGGCCCUCACCCCCCUCAACAUCUUCACCCAGAUCCUCAUCGAGCACUACCGCACCGUGUUUGGGUCCCGCUGCCCGCCCGCUCAGGUCCUGCCCUGAGGCGGCCGGCGCCCGGGUCCCGGGUCCCAUCCUCCGACAGACCCGACAGACCCAACAGAACCAAACAAGCCACCUGGGAUCACACUAAAGGAGGAGGGAGGAAUUCUUGGUCACCUGAGAAAGAUAUGAUUAGAAAAUGUUACAUUUGUACAGGUAAUGAGGCUUGGAUUUGACACUGAACAGGCGGGUGAAACAUUCCUGUGUGUUUCAUCACCACUGGAACGGACGCAGCCUCCACAGAAGGUCUGGACAAUCAAAG